CCUCGAUGCCGGUGGCUCCUCUCACCACACGUUUGUUUUUUUAGCUGCUCGUCUCCCCUCUCUAAUAUCAGACCUGCAUAUCGAUCCAGACUUCUUUCAGUUCUUUACCUCGCAUCGUCCCGCCUGUCGGCAGAUAUCCAGACCGGCGAAGCAAGCAUCCCAUCAUAACCAAUCACUAGAUUCUGUUUCUGCUGUCAAAAACGUCAGCUACAGCUCCUCAUAGGACGAAGCCGUCGCUGCCACCUAUCUCUAAUAUCAUUCAGACACACUAUGGGUUGGCUCUUCAGCAGCAGCACCAGCAGCGGCUCGGGCGACUCCAAGGAGCUCCAGACUAAGGUCAAGGAGCUCCAGGAGAAGCUUGAUGCCACCAAGACUCAGCUAGACACCCGGGAUUCCGAUAUCAAGACCUUGGUCCAGCGUGCCGAUGAGCUCGCUGCCGCCAAGAAGCCUCUGGAAGAGGAGAAGACAGAACUCGAGGCUAAGCUCAAGAAGGCCAGCGAGGACCUGAGCACCCGGGACAGUGAGAUCAAGGAUCUGCUCAAGAACAUUGACCAGGUGAACGCCAAGGUCGAGAGUCUGAAGAAGGAGAAGGCCGCCGUCGACCAACAACUGGCAGAGGCACAGAAGGGCAAGGAGGGCGCCCAAAAGGAGACUCUGGAAAAGAUCGAUGCCCUUGAGAAGGCCAAGGCCGAGCUGAAUGCCCAGGUUGAGAAGCUCAAGUCCGAGGUUGCCGAUGUCUCUUCCAAGAACGACUCCCUCCGUCAAGAACAAAGCAAGCUUCUUGAGGAGACCAACUCUGCCAAGGACACCCUCAAGGCCGAGCUUGAUGCCAAGAUCGUUGCCUUGACAUCGGACCUCGAUGCCGCCAAGGCCGACCUCUCCCGCGCCAAUGAAGAGGCUGCCACCACCAAGACCAAGCUGGAGGAGCAGGUCAAGACCCUUCAGGCUGAGCUGGAUGCCACCAAGAAGGAUGCCCAGGCUGCUGCAAGCAAGGGCACCGAGGAGGCCAAGAGCGAGGUCACUUCUCUCAACACCAAGAUCGCCAAGCUGGAGGAGGACCUCGAGGCUGCCAACAAGAGCACCGAGACUGCUCAGGCCGAGGCAGCUACCCUGAAGACCAAGAUCAGCAAGCUCGAAGAGGACCUUGCCGCGGCCAAGUCGCAAUCCGACAAGCUUACCCAAGAGGCUGAGGCACAAAAGAAGUCCCUGGAUGACGCAAAUGCCCAAAUCCAGGCCAAGACGAAGGAGACCGAGGAUUUGCUGGCAAAGCUCAAGGCUGCCGAGGCUAGUGUAGCCGAGAAGCAGGCCAGUUUGGAGAAGACCCAAGCCGAGCUCACCAGCACCAAGUCAUCGCUUGACUCUGACAAGUCGGCCGGUGCCGAGGCAUCCAAGGCGCUCGAGGCUGAAAAGGCUUCGCGUGCAGAGGCCGAGAAGGCUGCAGCUGAUGCAAAGUCUGCAUUGGAAGCCGAGCAGAAGGCCCACGCUGAUGCCAAGAAGGCCGUCGAGGUCGAGAAGGCCGCUGCCGCCGAUGCAAAGAAGGCCGUUGAGGCUGAGAAGACUGCCCACGCAGAGACCAAGACUGCUUUGGAGGCUGAAAAGAAGGCACAUGCUGAGACCAAGACCGCAUUGGAAACCGAAAAGAUCGCUGCGGCCGAGGCUAAAAAGAGCUUGGAUUCAGAGAAGGCCUCAAAGGCUGAUGCCAACAGCGCUCUUGAGACGCAAAAGUCUGCUGUUGCUGAUGCCCAAAAGGCUGUCGAAGCCGAGAAGAAGGCCCACGCUGAGACCAAGUCUGCCUUGGAAGCCGAGAAGACUGCCGCGGCCGACGCCAAGAAGGCUGUUGAGUCUGAGAAGAGCACCGCCCAGGAGGCUCAGAAGGCCCUCGAGGCUGAGAAGGCUGCCCACGCCGAGACCAAGAAGUCCUCGGAGGCCGGCACAUCGGCUGUCACCGAGGCCCAGAAGGCUUUGGAGUCGGAGAAGGCCGCUCAUGCUGAGGCCAAGAAGGCUUCGGAGGCUGACAAGGCUGCUUUGGCUGAUGCAAAGAAGGCCCUCGAUGCUGAGAAGGCGGCCGCAGCCGAUGCCCAGAAGGCUCUUGAGGCUGAGAAAGCCGCCGCAGCCGACGCCAAGAAGGCCCUCGAAGCUGAGAAGGCAUCGGCCAAGAAGGCACUUGAGACCGAGACGGCAGCCACCAAGGAGGCCAAGAAGGCCGCUGAGGAUGCGCAGUCCAAGCUCAAGAAGGCUGAGGAGGACACCAAGGCCCUGAACAAGCGCGUCGCCGACGCCGAGAAGGAGUCCAAGGAGCUUAGCACCAAGGCUACUGCGGCCGAGUCGAGGACAAAAGAGCUCGAGGCCAAGGUCAAGGAGCUGAGCGAGCAGAAGAAGGAGGAGGCCAAGGCCGAGUAAUUUCUUGUCUUAUAACUUUUCUGACUGACGAACAUGAGCAUGUGUAAUGUAAUGAGGUGUAACGUCUGCGCAGCUACUAGCACUAGAUACCCAUGAUCCUACGAAUAGCAAGAUCGGAUUUUUAAAACGGAAUAUAUCAGAUGAUUCUUACUUUGAACUUUGUGCGGGCUUUGAUACACGUUG